AUGAACGUUGAAAAGAAUACAAAUGAAGUGGAUGAACUAUGUGAACAAAUGACAGCAAAAGUUUUGUCCAUUGUACUGAAUGAAUUUCCUGAAAAAAUCAAAGAAAUUGAUAAAUUACGACAGAACUUUGAAUGGAAAUCGAUUUUAACAUUGAAAACAGCAAAUAUGCAAUGGAUUACAAACAUUGUCGAUCGAUUGAUUAUUAAACAAUGUUGUAAUAUCGAUAUUGAUGAAAUUUUAUCACCUAAAAUACAGGAUGGCCAUAAUUUCGGCGUACUUGUACAAACGAAAGCAAUGUAUUAUAUGGCCGAUGUUUAUCAUUCUUGUUGUGGACAAUUAUUAACACUUGAAUCCUAUUAUUCAAGACGACGAUCAUCAUUAAAUUAUUGUAUGCUCAAUCCACAAUUGAUUGAUUAUCAAAUAGCUCAUAAUGAAAUUGAACGCGAUACAAUGUACACGUUGUGUUCGACAAUCAAUCAACUUUAUCAUUUCUAUGCUGGUAUCAAUGAUUUUGUGGAAAAAAAUUUACAAAAAUUAAUUCAACCAAGGGAUUAA